GCGGCUGGGAGCGAACGCAGCGGCCUCCCGGGAGCGGACGGGUAAAGACCGGGUCUCGGACCAGCCCUUUCGGAGGCGGCGAAGUGGCGGCACGGAGAGCCGGAUAUGCUGAAGUCCUAACCCCUGGAACCUGUGAGUGUGAACUUAUUUGGAAAUAGGGUCUUUGAAGAUGGAAAGUUAAGAUAAGGUCAUUGAACUCGGGUGGGCCCUAAUACAAUGACUAGUGUCUUUAUAAGAAGAGGGAAAUUUGGACACAGACAGACAUAGAGAGAUUGCUGUGUGAGGAUGGAGGCAGAGAUUGGAGUGAUGUGUGUACAGACUAAGGAAUGCUAAAGUUUGCCAGCAACCACCAGAAGUUAGCAAGAGACUGGUCAAAAGAAUGGAUUUUACAGAGGCUUACUCUGACACGUGCUCCACAGUUGGACUUGCUGCCAGGGAAGGCAAUGUUAAAGUCUUAAGAAAACUGCUCAAAAACGGACAUAGUGUUGAUGUUGCUGAUAACAGGGGAUGGAUGCCAAUUCAUGAAGCAGCUUAUCACAACUCUCUAGAAUGUUUGCGGAUGUUAAUUCGUGCAGAUUCAUCUAAAAACUACCUUAAGACAAAGACUUUUGAGGGCUUCUGUGCAUUACAUCUUGCUGCAAGUCAAGGACAUUGGAAGAUCAUACAGAUUCUUUUAGAAGCUGGGGCAGAUCCUAAUGCCACUACUUUAGAGGAAACCACACCACUGUUUUUAGCUGUUGAAAAUGGACAGAUAGAUGUGUUACGGCUGCUACUUCGAUAUGGAGCAAAUGUUAAUGGAUCCCAUUCUAUGUGUGGAUGGAACACCUUGCACCAGGCUACUUUUCAGGAAAAUGCUGAGAUCAUAAAAUUGCUUCUUAAAAAAGGAGCAAACAAGGAAUGCCAGGAUGACUUUGGAAUCACACCUUUAUUUGUGGCUGCUCAAUAUGGCAAGCUAGAAAGCUUGAGCAUACUUAUAUCAUCGGGUGCAAAUGUCAAUUGUCAAGCCUUGGACAAAGCUACUCCAUUGUUCAUUGCUGCUCAAGAGGGCCACACAGAAUGUGUGGAGCUUUUGCUUUCCAGUGGGGCAGAUCCUGAUCUUUACUGUAAUGAGGACAAUUGGCAGUUACCUAUUCAUGCAGCUGCACAAAUGGGCCAUACAAAAAUCUUGGACUUGUUAAUACCACUUACUAACCGGGUCUGUGACACUGGGCCAAACAAAGUGAGUCCUGUGUACUCAGCAGUGUUUGGAGGGCAUGAAGAGUGCCUAGAAAUGUUGCUCCAGUCUGGCUACUGCCCAGAUGCCCAGAUGUGCCUCGUUUUUGGAUUCAGUUCUCCCAUGUGUAUGGCUUUCCAAAAGGACUGUGACUUCUUUGGAAUUGUGAAUAUUCUUUUGAAAUAUGGAGCCCAGCUAAAUGAACUUCAUUUGGCAUACUGCCUGAAGUAUGAGAGGUUUUCAGUAUUUCGCUAUUUUUUGAAGAAAUGUUGCCCAUUGACAUCAUGGAGCCACAUAUCUGAAUUUAUAAGUCACGCAGUUAAAGCACAGACAAAAUAUAAAGAAUGGUUGCCAUCUCUCCUGCUUGCUGGAUUUGACCCACUGAAUCUCCUCUGCAGUUCUUGGAUUGACUCAAUCAGCGAUGACAUCCUUAUCUUCACUUUGGAGUUUACUAAUUGGAGGAGGCUUCCUCCAGCUGUUGAAAAGAUGCUCUCUGCUCGUGCCUCAAACUCCUCUUGGGCUCUACAGCAACAUAUUGCCUCUGUUCCAUCCCUGACCCACCUUUGUCGUUUGGAAAUUCGGUCCAGUCUAAAACCAGAGCACCUACGAUCUAACAGUUUUAUAUGUCAGUUGCCACUUCCCAGAAGCCUACAUGAUUAUUUGCUCUAUGCAGAGGUUUUGAGAAUGAAUGAAGUUCCAGAACUGGCAGUUAUUCAAGAUGGAGAAAUCAGUGAAGCUACUUAACACAGGUCAUGUCUUACUCUGAAAACCACCAAGAUAAGGAGCCAUGGAGUACAAAUUCUUCACGAUUUUAUCGUCACAAAAGAUGAUUUUUGUUUGUGUGGUUGGUUAGAUUUUAGAGGGCAGUAGUUUAAUGCAAAUGUUUACAACUAAGCUUCCUGGUAAAAAAGUAUAAACCUCACUAAUGUUACUUUAUUGCAGUUUUAUCAUCAGUACACUUUAUGUUUUAAAUUACCUAACCAUUUUCUGCUUUAUUCUGUUAAUGAACUGUGGCUAAACAUGGCCUGUUUCCACCUAUGAUUCUGUGUUUACCUAGGGCUAGCGUUUAGAAGGGAAUGCAUAAAACUUCACUGGAAGUGUACAUACAGUGUAGUUGAACUCUCUUAUAUUUAUAAAAGAACUAUCUUAUAUUCUAUUCUCAUCUCUUAAUUCAGUUCAAAUUCAUUGGCUUUUCACAGGUAAACUCAGGGUAGAUUUCUUUCUUUAAAGACUAUAGAAAAUGAAUCAUUUUGCUGGGUUUUUUUUUCCAGUUCCUUGAUACUCUCUUUGUCUAAAAAAGAUUCCUGUUUCUGCAAAGGCAAGAACAGACCUAAACUCAAAGAUAUGCUCGGUUGAAAAAAAAAAAUUAGGUUGGUAUUGAGAUAAAUGUGCAUUUUACCACAUUUACACAGUAUUAAUUAAGAGACUGGGAGAGACAUUUCUUUGGUACCAUCUUUAAAGAAAGGUAUGUAUUCCUGAGUUGCUCGAUAUCAAAUAAAACUGAAGCUCCAUUCAGCCUCCAAAUCAGAGGGCACCUUUGAUCCUAUGAAGCAAUGAUUGCUAGCUCUAUUAAUGUUAUAGUGUGUUUUCUUUUUACUAUCUGGAUGUAUUAUCAAAUAGUCCAUGAAAUUUAAACCUUAACAUCCUAGGUUAAUGAGACACUGCCUCAUUGGUUUUGCAAUUGCUCAAUAUGAAUCUAGAGUCAGAGAGGACUGAACACCAUAUCAGGUGAGCUAUGGUAAGAGGCUGUGGGCAGUAGUCUUGAGAGAAAGGUUAUGAAUGCAUUAAUGUUGUGAUAGACAGCUAGAGAUGGAGUCCAAAGGAGGGCAGGUAUUCUGUCCUAUUGGGAUCCUGUGACUUAAAAUAGAUGGGAGUGGGUUAGCUAGAUUCAUCUCUGAUAGGCUUUUGCUAUUUGGUAAAAGCAGUGAUGAUGGCGUACCAAAUGAUGGAGACAUUAAGGUCCAGGGAGAUGACUAAAUUCAGCACAGAUUAGAGCUGUAGUUGCUGCCUGUGGGGUGGGGAUAGAGUUUGACUGUAGUUAUACAGGCAGAGAUAAGGGUGGAUAUGGAAAAACAGGUGGAAAUUCUGAUAGUUACUAAAUUCUAAAAAAGUAUGUACUAUGUAAUAUUUUUUAAAUGUCUGUAUUUUUCCAAACCCUAAGUCUCUGAUUUUAACAUAACCAGUUUUUUGUUAGGGUCCAGUGUACAUAGAAUAUUUACAUUUGAGGGUGAAUCUUUUCAUGUGUUUUUGUUCAUGUUCAAAUAUGUAAUAAAUUCAACUACUCAUAACUUA